AUGGCACUGCAGGCCAUCGCACACGACCCAUCCGCACCGACUCCGACUCCGCACAGCGACCUCACUCUCCUCCGCUCCCUCCGCGACGACAUCCUCGCGGGCACACACCCGCUCUUCAGAGUGCCCGCAAAGCUUCACCCUUUGCCUGUCAAGCGACUGGCCAACGAGCACCAGCCGCAGCCAGGAGACCGCAGCAGCGAGGUUGAGCCGACUGACGAGGACCGAGGUGUGCGGGACGAACAGCAGCAGCACACGCCUGCCAGUGAACGCCACGAGCACGACGAAGAGCCUGUCACGAUCACCACCACCACCUCCGACCCGCCUGCUUUCAAAGACUCGACGCCUGACUCUGCGACGGUUGCUCUCGAGACUGGACCUGUACAUACAACGCCUGCCGCGCCUGUGACCCUCGACGACGACGACGAGAUGGAGCUUGAAGAUUACGUCGAGCCCGAACCCGAGCCUGCGCCUGCGAUCGUGUCAGAACCCGCGCAGGGACAGGAGAAGAUGGAUCAGGACGCCUCUCCCUCUUCCUCGAGCGAAGACUCGGACUCGGACGACGACUUCGACCCUUCGACGCUGUUUGCACACAGGACGGGCUACUCGAGUGUCGCCAUGAGCACCAGUUCGUCGAGCCAGACCCAGACCCAGACCCAGACUCGACCCGAAGCCGAAACCGACGCUGUGUCUGUUGAACAAGCCUCGUCGUCCGUGUCUGCGCCCGCAUCUUCGUCUCUCGCGCAUGUACAUACUCCCGCGGCGCACGCCGAGCCUGUCUCUUCCGCCGCCGCCCCUUCCGCCUCCGACACGGCCACGGCCGACGCGACUCUGACGCCCGCCCAACGAAUCGCCAACCGCCUCGCCCUCCGCCUCGCCCUCGAACGCGAGCGCCUCGCAGCGCGAGGGACCGACUCGGGAAGCGAUAUGGUCGAGUCUCCUUCGCCCGCUCCCGACCCUUCUCCCGCUCCUGCGCAGCAGCAAGAGGGGCGGAAAGCGGUUCUCGCGAGACUCGAGAUGGAGAAACGGUUGUUGGAGGAGAAGAAGAGGGUGAUUGAGGAGGAGGUCGGGGCGGUUCGGCAGCAGGAGGAGGAGGCGCAGGUUGAGGAGGAGGGAGAGGAGAAGGGGAGGAACAGGGCUCCGUCGCCGGCGUUGUCGGUCGCGACCAGCGCAUCGGUCUCGACGAAUGCGACGGCACAGCGGGAGAAGGAGAGGGACAGGUCGUCGCGCGGGCACGGACGAGGGCGGGGGAAGGAGCGCGAGCGUGGACGCGGGCGCGGGAAGAAGGACCGCAGCUCUGGAGGACCGGGCAGACAGGCGCACCACCGCCCUCACUCGCCUGACCGGCGGCCUCACUCGCCUCCUCCCCCGCGCGGCCGACGCUUCUCGAACGAGUUGCGAGGUAGACCGAUCUCGCCUCCUCCUCCUCCUCCGCAGCUUCGGUCGCCGCAACAGCGUGGUCCGCCUCCUCGUGGCGGCAACGGUGGCUACUCGCGCUCUCCCCCCCGCAGGCGCAGUCUAUCGCCCCGUCCCCGGCGGUUCUCAGGAGAACUUCCCUAUGAGUCUCGUCGCUCUCCUCCACCACCUCAUCCUCGCGCUCCAUUCGACCGCCCGCCCUCAGGCCCGCUUGCUCCACCAGACCGCUUCUUCCCGCCCGGCCCUCCAGGUCCUCCGCCCUUCAGGCGCCGCUCGCUCUCACCUCACCCUCCGCCCCCGUCAGCGGGCUGGCGCGGGCCUCCUCCUCCUCCUCGUAGUCCGCCGAUGCUCCCACCGCCGCGCUCGCCUCCGCGUGCGUCCAGGCAGCCUAUGCCGAUGCCACCCCCGCCGGGUGGUCGAGGCGCGGGACUACCGGAUGCGGAUGCGUGGGAUGCGGAGUUGAGGGAUCGUAGCCGUGCAGGACCGCGUCGCUCGCUCUCGCCACCCGGACGCUUCGGUCGCUCUUCACGUCCGCCUCCUCCUGCGUUCGCCAACGGCCCUCCUCCGCCUUUCCCGCCGCCGCCGCCCUCGACGCGCUCUCCUCACCCACCUCCAUCGAGCUUCUACCCACCGGGCCCGCCAGGUCCGCCAGGUCCUCCCUCCCGCUCCUCGUUCCGCUCUCCCCCUCCCCCUCCUCCUCAGCUUCCGCUCCACGACCCGCUACGCAACUCGAGUGGCCGUGGUGGGCCAUCGUUGUGGUAUGACGAUUGGGACCGCGAGCGCGAGAGUCGUCGUGGACCUCCUCCGGGUCCUCCUUUCGCUGAUGGCCCACCGCGUCCUCCGCCGGCGCAACACCCGCGCUUUGGCCCUCCUCCACCGCCUCAGCAAACCUUCGGACCUCCCCCUCCCCUCCCACCACCGACUCGCCAAACCCCCUUCCCUCCUCACCCCCCUCCGUCCCGCUCACCCGCUUACCCUCCUCCGCCUAUCACAGGCCCGACUCCUCCGCUUCCUUACGACACGCCGGGACCGUACAGGGCAGGAGGAGGAGGUGGAGGAGCGUCGGGAAGGGCAGGAGGGAAGAGGUUCUUGGAUGAUCCGGAGUUUGCGGAUGCGAAGAGGAGUGCGAAGGGGAGGGAGUACGAGGAUUUGAGGGAGAGGGAGCGCGCGGUGCGGGAUAGGGAGUACGAUGCGAUGCGCGCGGCGCAGAACAGGGAGUACGAGGCCGUGAGGGAUGAGAGGGAGAGGCAGCGCGAUGCGAUGAUGGCUCAGAGGGAGAGGGAACGCGAUGGGUUGUUGGCCCAGAGGGAGAGGGAUUUCGAGAAUUCGAGGAGGGACGGAGGAGGGAGGAGGGGAAGGGGAAGAGGGCGGUAG